UUUCCCCUUCCUGUCGAACUCGAGUCUCAACAAAAGCACGUAGAUAUUCAUUUUUGAAAUCGUCGUUCAGAAAGUGAAAGUAAAGUUUAGAUUGUUGGAGCUCAAACAGUGAAAAUGGCUUCAGCAGCUGAAGAUGAUUAUAUUUGUCCUGUAUGUCGUGAAAUCUUCAAGGAUCCUGUUAUUUUAUCAUGUAGUCACAGUUUCUGUAAAGAGUGUCUUCAACAGUUCUGGAGAAUCAAGAAAACUCAGGAGUGUGCUGUCUGCAGGAAAAGAUCCUUAAGAGAGGAACCUCCAGUUAAUCUUGCAUUAAAAAACUUGUGUGAGUCGUUCCUGAAGGAGAGAAAUAAGAGGAGUUCAUCAGGAUCUGAGGAGAUCUGCAGUUUACACAGUGAGAAACUCAAACUCUUCUGUCUGGAGGACAAACAGCCUGUGUGUUUAGUGUGCAGAGAUUCAAAACAACACGACAAUCAUAAAUUCAGACCCAUCAGUGAAGUGGUUUCAUCAUAUAAGGAGGAGCUCAAUACAGCACUGAAGUCCUUACAGAAGAAACUUCAACACAAUGAAGAAAAGAAAGAAGAGUUUGAGGAAACAGUUCAAGACAUCAUGUCUCAAGCUGAGCACACAGAGCGUCAGAUUAAAAGAGAAUUUAAGAAGCUUCGUCAGUUUCUCAGAGAUGAAGAAGCAGCUACAAUCACUGCACUGAGGGAGGAAGAGGAGCAGAAGAAGCAGAUGAUGAAGGAGAAGCUGGAGGAGAUGAACAGACACAUCUCAGCUCUUUCACACACAAUCAAAGACAUGGAGGAGAUGAUGAAAGCCAAUGACAUCUGCUUUCUGAAGGAGUUUCCAGUCUCAAUGGAAAGAGUCCAGAGCUCACAGCCGGAUCCACAGAUGGCUUCUGGAGCUUUGAUUCAUGUGCCACGUUACUUGGGCAACCUGCCGUUCAGAGUCUGGAAGAAGAUGCAGGACAUCGUCCAAAACACUCCUGUCAUUCUGGAUCCAAACACGGCUCAUCCAUGGCUCAUCCUGUCUGAUGAUCUGACCAGUGUGACAAACACCGGGAUCGAUCAACCUGUUCCUGAUAAUCCAGAGAGAAUUGACCAUUAUCCCUGUGUUCUGGGUUCAGAGGGGUUUAACUCAGGAACACACUGCUGGGAUGUGGAGGUUAAAGAGAAUCCAUGGUGGUGUCUUGGAGUAACUGCAGCAUCAAACCAGAGGAAGGGAUUGGCUUUCUAUGACACUGAUUAUAUCUGGAGUGUGCAGCAUGAUGAUGAUCCAUGGUCUUCAAGACCUGUUGAUCAGGAUAUUGAUUGCGUGAGAGUGUGUCUGGACUAUGAUGGAGGAACGGUAUCAUUCUCUGAUCCUGUAACUAACACACAUCUAGACACAUUCACAACCACCUUCACUGACACACUCUUUCCAUUCUUUAGUUGUUGUGAAUCUCUGAGGAUCUUAGCGGUCAAUAGUCAGUAAAUGUUACUCCUGUAGGUCUGGAUCUUCCUGCUUUCAUCAUGUUUAAUCCAGACCACACGAGUAAGAGUGCUGUUGAUCUGAAUAUCAGUACGGUGGCUGUGAUUGGGCCGUGAUGAUCACAUGACUGAUAUCCAGCACUACAGCAACACCCACACUCUCAUAUUGCUUUAAUACAACAGAUCAAUAAACAAGAAGUUUUCAUUUAUAUUCCACUUCACACAAUUAGAUCAAAUGGAGACACAUGGCAGAGGCCACAGAGAGAACAGCAUUGAGUCUUGUAUUUCAAAUGAGCUUAUGUUGCGACAAGUUCAUACGUGUAAAUCUUAAGUAAUCAGGUUCAACUAAUGUGGUUUCAUUAUGUUUACAUGCAACCAAAUAAUUCAUUAGUAAUCGUUUUAAGGCUCAAUCACACUGAAAAGCCUUUGUGUAAACACCUUAAUCGAUCUGACUGAGCUCGAUCCCAGUGGAAUUUUGAUUGGAUUGGAAGGAGUGGUUUAUUCCUGUUCUAAUCCAAAUGAUAGGACAUAAACACAUGAUCGGAUUGAAAACCAGAAGUAGAAAAUACUGUGCAUGUGCAAUGACAUAGAAAUGGUGUAAUGAUGGAUGACACGUGAAACGAGCUGUUGUUGAAUGAAGUGUCGUGAAUGACUGUCAUGUAAUUCUGAAGUUCUCCUACCACUCAUCGUCUGUGAAGUGAAGGAGGACAAGUUAAUAAUGAAUGAACAUUAGAAGGUAUGUUGAAAGAUACCGUACAACUUACCGAAAUAUAUCAUGUCUCAUGUAAUCGAUCAAUCAGUGUUUCGACGGGAAAGAGGCCAAUUAAACAGUAGGAGGACAAUAUGUGUAAGAUAAAUCUUGUCAGCCUGACUUUUCAUCCUCUGUUUCUCCCUGUUUUCUCUCUCCUGUUCUUUAAGGCUGCAAGGGUGCGAGGGGAGAAGAGUUGUUUUUGUUUCAUCACACAUCUGUUGUAAUGUACACUCUAUGUAUGUAUGUAUGAGUGUGUUUCUUGGAAAGCAGCCUAGAAAGGGUCCCUGUUUCUUUGUCUAGGAGAAAGGGCCCUAAAGCCUGCUCCGGGAUGAAUGGUGCCUUCAGCCGGAAGUUGACCAUAUUUAGACUUGUUUUUCUGUAUGUAUCAAGUUCUAUAUCAUGAUCCGAUAUGAGUAAUGUAUCUCUCAUUGGUUAAAUCCAUGUUACUCAGCUUGUAUUCCAUCUAUAUAAUCUCAAGACAAAGACAAUAAAGACAAGACUUUUAUACUCUCCCUCAA